UGUGUUUUGUGCCCGAGUCAGAGACAACGUUUAUUAGCGCGUCUGUGAGAAUUUUGUGUUUUUUGUUAUUAUUAUAUUCGCGGUCUACAAACAAUGGGACAUUCUAAAAGUGCAAGAACGUUAGCUAGGAAACUGUGGAAGUUAAAGAAGCAGCUGAAUAAAUACAACCACGUGCGGUCUCGUUCUAAUCGUCGUCUUUCAACACAGCCUUUGUCGUCGCCGUCUUGUUCCAUGUCUCCUUCAUCCAAGUCGAGAAGAUCUCUGUCAACAUGCACAUCAAGAGAUGACCUCAGAAACUUCCGCAGGGACGAUCACCAAUUUUUCGGUGCAUUCCCUGGAGUCUGGCGCAUCGCAGACUUUUUGCCUAACACCGCGCCCCCCAAGCGACAGCGACAUGGAGACGGAGCGCUUUAGUCAAGCCAAAAGAAGCGACCAGCCCCAUCCACCAGCCCUCUUGAGCCCGAAAUCUCCACCGAAAACAUGUUUUCGAGCCUGUCCGAGGAGGAAUCUCCGCCUGCUUCGAACACAUCGCCGAAAAAUAGAAGAAGAGGAGGAGGUCCUCUCAAGGCGUCCCCAAGACAGCCCCCUCGACGGUCACCACAUGGUCGGCAUUUGUGGCGGGCUUAGCCCAGAAGGUCCCCCAGGGCUCCAACCCGGCUGCUCCCCAGGGCUCCCCCCCGGCAGCCACCCAGUGCUCAGGUCCGGUCCCGCUAGCCCCCCUGGUUUCCAACCUGGCUGCCCCCCAACCGAAGGCCCCAAGAAUCCCCAUUUUUCUGGGACGCAGGAAAAUGGCAGCGGGUUUUCACUGCUGUGAAUUUACCGUUGCUGAUUUCAGGGCCUUCACCCGUUUUAUGGAUUCAGAAAAGAUUCCAUAUCACACUUUUACCCUCCCGGAGGAAAGAACCUCGAGGGGAAUCCUGCAGGGAAUCUCAGCCGUGGACUUGACGAGACAGGGUUUCAACCCUCUUCAUGUGCACCGAAUGCACGCCGGAAAGCGCCAACUCCCGUUGGUGUCACCGCUCAACUAGGUGAAGGAACUCUGGAAGGUGAAGACCGUCUGCGAUUUACUAAUCAAGGCUGAAAGCUGAAAGCAGCCCAAUGGCACCGAUGCCAGCGAACAUCAAGCGCAGAAGAACUUCACGGCAGAACACCGUUGUGUCAAGUGCGGCGAAGCCCACGAGACCAAGGUGUGCACAAAGGAGCGCGCUGCGCCUGCCAAGUGUGCCAAUUGUAAUGGCCCCCACACGGCCAAUUACAUGGGCUGCCCGAAGUUCCCAAAGCUGCCGUCUUAGCGUACCAGGACCAACGGCAAAGAGUUCGAAGAAACUGGCUGAGAAACUUUCACCCUACAUCGCUCUUUCUUCUGAAUAAUUGACGGGUGCAAACCAGCUCUUUUUUCAGGUAGCAUUUUGGAAUGCCAACGGGCUUCGAGCGGACCGAGACGAGCUCGAAGAAUUCGUCGACAGGAUGCAACUGGACAUCGUACUUCUGUGCGAAACAAAAUUGCAACCCCCAAAAAUUCGGGGAUUCACCCUCCACGGGGCGGACAGAGGAACCGGUCCAAGAGGAAGAACGGCAAUUUAUGUAAGUAACAGAAUUAAACACUUUGUUCUAGCAACACCAGAUCUUCGCAAUUUGGAAGCUGUGGGCAUCACUGUAGCCACUGCAAACGGACCUCUGCGUCUGUUCGCAUGCUACAACCGACCCCAAAUUCCAAUUCUUGAGGAGGACCUGCAGACCCUUUUCGACGCCAACACCCCAACGAUUGCUGCUGGCGAUUUCAACGCAAGCACAGCAACUGGGGGAGCCGACGCUCGAACAGAAACGGGCAAAUUCUCGACGGUUUCCCGGACCAACACCUGGACAUCACCGUCAUGGCUCCGGUAGAACCCACAUUCUACCGAAACACGGACGGCGCAACAAUCGUCAAAAAGGUCGCUCACCAGCUCAGACUGACGGUAAUAAACGACCUCUCUUCGAAUCAUAACCCCGUCCUGAUGCAUAUCAGGGACGAGGCCCGGAUGUACGUCGUUAUACCUCAGUGAAUGGAGGAAGUUCACCAAGCACCUGGUGAAGCAAUCCCACCCAUCACGUCCACGGAUGAAAUCGACGAGGCAGUCCAAAUCUUCGAAGCGACGAUCUGGGAGGCCAUCUCCACCGCCACCAGGGAACGGCAAAUUCGGACCCCAAAACUUGAGAUUCCGCGGGAGAUCAAGGAACUCAUCAGGGCAAAAAGGCAACCCAGGCGCAUUGCUCAACGUAGUGGACCGCACGGAAACCAACCGGCUGAGAUGGGAGGUCAGAAAAUCACUUUCUGACUUCAGAAAUGAGAGAUGGGAAGCCAAACUUGCUGUCGGCUGUGGGCAAGGUCGCUGAACGUCUCAUCCACUUCCGUCUUCACAAAACCACACAGGAGCGACACAUCAUCCUUGACGAGCAAUUGGGCUUCCAGUCGAAACACUCGACGACAGAUCAGCUACUACAAGUCGUAGAAUACGCUUCCAUCAGUAUCGAGUGAAAGCAAAUUACUGCUGCUGUGUUUCUUGACGUGGCAAAAGCAUUCGAUAUGGUCUGGCAUGACGAGCUUGUUUACAGGCUCUGUCAAACAGGCAUACCGCUGGCAAUGGUGCAAAUGAUCAGAUAGUUUCUCAGUGGAUGACGUUUUCAGGACUCUUCGGAGAAAUCCUUGGAGGAAUGUUUUCCAUCUUUGGAGGAAUGUUUUCCGUCACUAUUACAGCCUUAUUUCCAUCGUUGUCACUAUUCUCAUUUUCCAAAAUUAGAAUUAGAAAUUAGAUGUCAAAGGUUCCGUUGUUUCUAUGUUUCAAAAUAAUCGUAUGAAAGUUGAAAUAAUUCAACCCGAACUCACCGUUGCUAUCAAAUGGAUUCUCCAAAGGAGAGAUGGUAGGUCCCAACAGUGACGAAAUUAAAUUGUCGCAAACCGACAAGGAAUUAUUUAGUGAUUUAUUACGUCCUCCACCCAUCUUAUAUGUUUCCACCUAUUUAUAAUUUACAAUGUUCAUUUUAUUAAUAAAUACAUGUUACAUUUCUGCAAUUUCUUUUUUUCGUCGUCCUUUUUAAAUUUUCAUAGAGCAACCUCAGUUGUAUUGCUGAUCUCGGACCAAUUUUGACAACAGCAUUAAAUUGGUUGGUUAUUCUGUCCCAGACGAUUUCUGUUUUUUUUUUUUUCUGUUUUGCUGAAAAGGCGUCUGUUUCUAGAAUUCUAGAAGUCGGCAAAAAAUUCUAGAAUUGACUUGUUUUUUUUAACCAACUCUAAAAGAGUCCACGCCCGCGGAGGACCCUUCACGACCGCAGCUGGACCCUCUAUGACCGUGAUUUCAUCUUCCACGGACAUGGUUGUUGGACUCUCCGCGGUCAUGGUAGGACUCUCCGCAGUUGUGGUAGGAUCCUUCCUCCAGGUUCACGAAGUCUCCUUAUUUUCUUUCUAUGGCAAGAUAUAAAUUAUAUUAUUAUAUAAGUAUUUACUACAGUUCUGUUUAAGCUUUACAUUUUUUUCUUCAUCUUCUGGAGUAGGAGAAUGAAUAAGCAUUCGCUCAAUUUCAUCAAAUGCGUUUAAUGCAUUUAGUUCUACUAAAGAUGCCUACAAAUAUACAAAAUAAAUAAUAUUUCCGAUAAGCGUAGGUUUAAAUUUAUUUAUUAAAUAUAUUUUACAGUAAUUACCAUUUUUUGAAGUAUAAAAAUUGACAACAUUCACUACAAUCAUCAACACAUACUUUUUUAUUUU